AAACAAACUGAAGAGCUUUGGCCAUCAUCAUGUCAAACUGACGAGGAAAUGUUAACAUGACUGACAGGUUUAUUCUGCUCACCCUCUGCUUUUCUCUAAUACUUCAGAAUGUUGAUAAUUUUGACGUGAGUGAACCUCUCAAUCACACGCUGAAUGAAGAUGGUUCAGUAUCUGUCAUAUGCAAGUAUGAUGGACAAGGCACGGAAUGGGACGCUGAGCUGAAAAUGAACAAUGAAUGUGUUUGUAAGCUUUACAAAAAAGAAGAACAAACAGAAGAUAAAAUGUGUGACUGGGAUCAUGAAAACAACACAUUCAAGUUUACCUUAAAGAAGCUGGAGGCCAGACACAAAGAUCAACUGUUUUCAUGUGAGAUAUCCAGAAUAAGACCAUAUCCAUUAAAAAUAAAAGAAGGAAAGAAAACAAAGCUUUUCCCAGGAGUCAAUAUUCCUUAUCCACCAUCAAGGAGAAACUGUCCAAGCAUUAGGUCUUCAGCUGAACUGAUGAAUCACACAUCUCCAAACAUUACCUCACCUGGAAACAACUAUACUAUUGUAAUCUUGGGACUGAGUGUGGUGGUGGUACUGCUCUCUCUCUAUAGCAUUAUUCUUACCUGCAUCUACAUCAGAUUGAGGCUUGAAUCAUCUGACACAUUGACGUAUGUGCCAAUGCAGAGGAGAGUUAAACGAUAUGAUGUAGACAACACAGAAUACAUGGACAUGCGUGAGGUGCAGAAACAGGGAGGAUCCAUCAGAGAUAUGAACCACAACUCUCAUCCGAUCCGAUGAUCUUUCUGAGCCAAACAGCAAAUCUCCAGUGGCAUGAUCACGUUGGCAUAUCAGAGCAUACACUUUCCCUGCUAUACUACUCCCACAGCUGGAUGGGAUAUAGUUAAGCUACACUAAAGAAUAUCACAGGACAAAAUGAUUGCCUUAUACUCUACUUAACUGCCGGACAUGAAAAUACAUUCCUUAAUGCCAGAACAUCUGCAUAUUGCUGCACCAUCUCUGCUCAAAUAUAUUUUCAUCUGGUGGUUUGUAGAGCCUCAUGCUAAUUAUUAUAUUCAGUCAUUAUGGCUAUGCAAAGCUGAAAGUAUAUAAUGUAUCAUUUCAUAAUGUUUGUAUCUUGGGAAUUUUCUAAAAAAUUGUAUGUAUUCAACUGACCAAUGAACGUGAAAGUGCUUGAUUGUUAUUUUUUUUUUCUCUCCAAAGAUAAUAAUGUUUAUCAGAACAAGAUGAGGAGUGUUUUGUAUUUGAACCGCUUUGUUAUUAAAUAUACUGACAACA